AUGAUCGAGACGACUCCGAGCAAGCAGGCUGCGUCUGCAAUUGAGUCUUUCAAGAUGGAAUCGCCCAUCAAGAAGCUUGACUUCAACGUCGCCGACAAAGAGAACCAGCCCCACACAGAGUCCGUUGCUGAGGAGACGGUCGAGAAGCCCCUCGCUAAGGACAUUAAGCCGGUCGAGAAGCCAGCCGUUGCCCCGACAAUCAAGACAUUUGAGAUGGACGAGCCCAUUCUCCAAGAGAACCCUCAGCGUUUCGUUCUGUUUCCUAUCAAGUACCAUGAGGUGUGGCAAAUGUACAAGAAGGCCGAGGCCUCAUUCUGGACCGCGGAAGAGAUUGAUUUGUCCAAGGAUCUUCACGACUGGAACAACAAGCUCACUGACGAUGAAAAGUACUUCAUCUCUCACAUUCUUGCAUUCUUCGCCGCUUCGGAUGGCAUCGUGAACGAGAAUCUGGUUGAGCGUUUCAGCGCCGAAGUCCAGAUUCCCGAGGCACGUUGCUUCUACGGCUUUCAGAUCAUGAUGGAGAAUAUCCACUCCGAGACAUACUCGCUCUUGAUCGACACGUACAUCAAGGAGAACGCGCAGCGCACAUACCUCUUCAACGCCAUUGACACUAUCCCUUGCAUCCGCAAGAAAGCCGACUGGGCUCUAAGGUGGAUCACUGAUAAGAAAUCGACCUUUGCCACGCGCCUGAUUGCUUUCGCUGUUGUCGAGGGCAUCUUCUUCAGCGGUGCUUUUGCCUCCAUCUUCUGGCUCAAGAAGCGUGGCCUGAUGCCUGGUCUGACAUUCUCCAACGAGCUCAUCUCGCGUGACGAGGGUCUCCACACCGACUUUGCCUGUCUCUUGUUCUCAUUGCUGAACAACAGGCCCAGCAAGGAUGUUGUUAAGGAAAUCGUUGUCGAUGCUGUCAAGAUUGAGCAAGAGUUUCUCACAGAGGCGUUGCCCUGCGCCCUCUUGGGCAUGAACGCCAACCUCAUGAAGCAGUACAUUGAGUUUGUCGCUGACAGACUUCUUGUCGCCCUCGGAAACGAGAAAGUCUACCGCGCAACCAACCCAUUCGACUUUAUGGAGAACAUCUCACUUGGUGGCAAGACCAAUUUCUUCGAGAAGCGCGUGGGCGAAUACCAAAAGGCCGGUGUCAUGGCCAGCACCAAAAAAGCACCUGUCGAAGAGAAGACCGGCUCUUCGCCCCAGGCCGAGGACAGCAACGCAGGAGACUUCACCUUUGAUGACGACUUUUAG